AUGAAGGUGGCCAAGAAAGUCAACAGCAUCCAGGCUUGUGUCAGUGUGACCAGCAGGACUAGGGAAGCGAUCAUCUCCUUGUACCUGGCACUAGUGAGGCUGCAGCUCAAAUACUGGGUUUGGUUUGGGGCUCUUCGCUACAAGAAGGACGUUGAGACCUUUGAACAGCAUUUGUCAAGAAUAGCAGAAUUCAGAAUUGCCAACAGUGAAGCAGUUCUUCAUCUCCUGCUGUAUAGCCAAUAUCAGAUUGGUUAUGGACACACAGUGCCUUUAUCUGACGGAGGAAAGGCCUUCUGCAUCAUCUACUCGGUGAUCGGGAUCCCGUUUACGCUGCUCUUCCUGACAGCGGUGGUGCAGCGCAUCAUCGUCUACGUCACCAGGAGGCCUGUGCUCUACUUCCACAUUCGCUGGGGCUUCUCCAAGCAGGUCGUUGCCAUCAUCCACGCUGUAGUCCUUGGGUUCAUCACUGUCUCCUGCUUCUUCUUAAUCCCGGCAGCAAUAUUUUCUGUUCUGGAAGAUGACUGGAAUUUUUUGGAGUCUUUUUACUUUUGCUUCAUUUCCCUGAGCACCAUUGGCCUCGGAGACUAUGUGCCAGGAGAAGGCUACAAUCAAAAAUUCAGAGAGCUGUAUAAAAUCGGAAUUACAUGUUAUCUGUUGCUGGGCCUUAUCGCGAUGUUGGUGGUUCUCGAGACUUUCUGUGAACUCCACGAGCUCAAAAAGUUUAGGAAGUUGUUUUAUGUGAAGAAGGACAAAGAAGAGGACCAAGUGAAUAUAAUGGAACAUGACCAGCUCUCCUUCUCUUCCAUCUCAGACCAGGCAGCCUCCAUGAAGGACGAUCAGAAGGCAAAUGAGCCUUUUGUGACUUCCCAGUCCCCAACUUCCAAUGACAGCUCUCUAAACAAUUAAUACAGGGGUAUCCAUACCAUUGUUUUGGUGCAUUUAUGCUACUUACCAUAAGAAAUAAAACACCUCCUAUUUUUUUUUUCUGAAAAUAUAAAAGCUGGAAGACUGUGCUACUUUAACAAGGAUUCAUCACUUCUGUCAUAGAAAAGACUUCUGGGGAAAAAUGUGGGAGCCACCCUGGGAAUGGGGGAAAAAUGUAGGAUGUGGCUGGGAACAUUAGGCCAUUUUGCUUGAAGGAUAAGAAGCUAGCUGUACCACCUUCAGAGGUGGCAGAGAGGAA